AUGCCGCUUCUCAACGGGACUGACGGCACACUGCCUCAUGACAACAUCGCAUACACCAAUGGUCACGACAAAAAUGAGCAAGUCAACACCUGUAGCAAUGGCACAAAUGGUAUUAGCAUCAAGCCGACAAAUCCAACAUUUGAGCCCGUCGCUAUUUGCGGAAUGGCAUGCCGAUUGCCCGGGAGCAUCGGUUCUCCUAAAGAACUAUGGAAGUUCCUCGUCGAAGGGCGAGAUGGGCGCGGUCUGGUACCAAAGACGCGGUUCAAUAUAGACGCCUACUACUCAGCAACCAAAAAGCCGGCAACAAGCAUCACUAAGCACGGCUAUUUCCUUGAUGAGUCAGUGGAUGUGGGCGCAUUCGAUACUUCUUUCUUCUCCAUGACCAAGACCGAGGUGGAAUUUUUGGAUCCACAGCAGAGAAUAAUGCUCGAAGUAGCGCGCGAGUCAGUUGAUGACGCGGGCGAGGUCAACACCAAGGGAUCUAGCAUCGGAGUUUAUGUCGGAUCGUUUGGUCAGGACUGGUAUGAUAUUCUAGCACGUGAGCCCCUUCAGCAAAACUCAUACACUAUUGUCGCGUCGCACGACUUUAUGCUGGCGGAGCGCAUAUCGCACGAAAUGGAUCUCAAGGGACCGAGCAUAACUGUCCGUACAGCCUGUUCUUCGUCCCUUGUUGGGCUUAAUGAGGCCUGCAUGGCUAUUGCAAAAGGCGACUGUGAAUCUGCCAUUGUAGGUGGCUCAUCCCUCAUUCUCGCCCCAGACGUUUUCACCCGGUUGUCGUACCAAGGGGUCCUGAGCCCCGACGGAUCGUGCAAAACAUUCUCUGCUGAUGCGAAUGGCUACGCUCGUGGUGAGGCUGUUGUCUCCCUCUAUGUCAAGUCACUAAGCGCGGCCAUCCGCGACGGUAACCCGAUCCGCGCUGUGAUUUCGGGCAGCGCAGCCAACUUUGACGGCAAGACUAAUCCGUUGACAACACCAAGUGCUAGCGCGCAAGAGGCGCUGAUUCGCAGUGCGUACAAGCAUGCCGGCAUUGAAGACAUCGGCAAGACGGCGUUGUUUGAGUGUCACGGUACCGGAACCGUUGCUGGGGAUCCAAUAGAGGCAGAGGCCAUCGCGUCCGUGUUUGGUGACAAUGGUAUCUACAUUGGGGCCGUAAAGCCCAACCUGGGUCACUCAGAAGGUGCCUCGGGCCUCACAGCUGUCCUCAAGGCUACCUUAUCUCUCGAGAAUCACACCAUCCCGCCCAACAUCAAGUUUGCUCCUCUCAAUCCCCAUAUUCCCUUUGCCAAGGCCAAUCUGAAGAUCCCAGAGGAACCUACACCAUGGCCAGAAGAUCGCGACGAGCGGAUCAGCAUCAACGCCUUUGGAGUAGGAGGCUCUAAUGCCCACGUCAUUGUCGAGUCGGCGGCAGGCUAUCUGGCUUCCCAUCCACAUGCCCAUGCCGGUGCCAAUGCCAAUAACGCCAGUACCUCUCAGAAGCCAGCCGUAAUCAGCAAUGAGCCACAUCUACUCCUGUUCUCUGCUAAGACAGCCCGGUCACUCAACGAUACUGUGUCCAACUACCGGUCUUUUCUGGCCGAAAAUACGUCUAUGAAGUUGCUCGACAUUUCACACACGCUUGCGAACAGACGGGAGCACUUUCAACGCCGCACAUUUGCCAUUGCUGCAAACGACAGGUUUGAAGUGGGUGCCCCGGCAAGUUCUAAGGACGGCCCGGCCACUUCGUCCUCGCUUGUCAUGGUUUUUACCGGGCAGGGAGCUGCGUGGCCGCAAGUCGGCCGUGAUCUACUGCGCUCCAAUAUUACCUUUUCUAGCGCGAUCGAUUGUCUCGGGAGGCAUCUAAAGAGCCUGGGAGCGAAUUGGUCACUAAGGGAAGAGUUGCUUAAGCCAACCAGAACCAGCCGCAUCUUUGAGGCUGAAUUCUCCCAGCCGCUAUGCACAGCAUUGCAACUUGCCCUGGUAGACACAUUGGCCGCGGUCGGGGUCAAGCCAGACGCAGUCGUCGGCCACUCAAGUGGCGAAAUUGGCGCAGCCUACGCCGCGGGCGCUCUCACUGCAGAAGAGGCCAUUGCUGUGGCGUACCGUCGAGGAACUGCGACUAAGCCCAAGGAAGCCGUUAAGGUACAAAAGGGAGCAAUGGCUGCGGUGGGACUUGGCUGGGACCAGAUCAAGGAGUUCUUGGUUCCCGGAGUUGUCACCGCAUGUGACAACUCUCCUAGUAGUGUGACCAUCUCAGGAGACGCAGACAAACUGCAGACCGUUGUCUCUGCCAUUAAGGAGGCACGUCCCGAUGUCCCAACAACCACACUCAAGGUCGAACAGGCGUACCACUCGCAUCACAUGCUCGCUUUCGGGGACGCCUAUCAUAAAUCCAUGAUCGACUCAGGCGUUCUAGGUCAAGCGCCCGUUAUCCCCUUCUUCUCUAGUGUCACUGGCGGGCGACUUGCCAGCACCAAGAUUAACCCGCUUGGCCCUCACUACUGGCAGGCCAACUUGGAGCGCCCUGUUUUAUUUAGAGACGCCGUCACCAGUAUCAUCCAAUCUGAUGAUGUUUUCAACCCCAUUUUCUUGGAACUUGGCCCGCAUUCUGCGCUGGCUGGCCCCCUUCGCCAGAUCCUCACACAAGAAAUGAGCAGCGCUUCUUACAUUCCAUCUCUGAUCCGCCGUCAAAACAGCACUGAGAACCUGCUGCAGGCCAUCGGAAAGCUCUACACCUUACAUAUUCCUGUCAAUUUGCGAUCACUGAUACCUGGUGGCUCUGCGGUUUCUGAUCUUCCGGCGUAUGCGUGGGAUUAUUCGCGAAGACAUGUGUUCGAGUCGCGCGUCACCAAGGAGUGGCUCAGCAAGAAAUAUCCAGACCAUUCACUUCUGGGCGCCCGGGUCCCCGAGAGCACCGAUCUCGAGCCGGCGUGGCGUAAUUUACUGCAGGUCGAUACGGCGCCUUGGAUUGUUGACCAUAAGCUUGGAGAUAACGUCGUGUUCCCUUUGGCCGGAUACGUCGCUAUUGCAGCUGAGGCAGGAAGGCAAGUAUCCGGUAUCGAUGACGGUGUCAGUCUCCGUAACAUCGCUGUCAGUGCUGCCUUAGUCCUGAGUGAAGAUGCGCCUAUAGAAAUCAUUACCACUAUGCGUCGCAAGCGCUUGACAGACAGCCAGACCAGCGAGUGGUGGGAGUUUAGCAUCGCGUCUCACAAUGGUCAUGUAUGGACUAAACACGCCUCCGGCGAAGUAAAAGGAGAAAGCCUGGACAAACAGCAGGAAAAACCACAGGCCGGACAACCGGAGCUGCCACGAAAAGUUGAUAGCGCCAAGUGGUAUGAUGCUACCUCGAAGCAAGGUAUCACCUAUGGACCGACGUUCACAAGCUUGGAGAAUAUCAGGUCGUCUACGGGUUGGCCAAAUAAGAGCACGGCCACAAUGAAGAACAAUCGAUGGGGUGAUGAGACACAGCAUCAUUUGCACCCCGUGGUUCUCGACACCUACUAUCAGCUGAUGAGUUGCGCUCUACAUGACGGCCUUGAUCGAGAGUUCCGCCGAACCCUAGCUGCUCGGAUUGAUUCCAUGACCAUGUUCCGAUGCAACGAAGAUAACUUGGAUAUUUCAAUCCGUUCGGAGCCUACUAAUGAAGGCUAUAUUGCUUACGGCUAUGUUUCGGCAGGCUCCAUCGUCGUCUUGCGGGUCGAUGGCUCCCACUCUACCCUCUUUGAAGAGGCCGAACCGGAAGAUGAAAGCAAUAGCGACAUUCCUAUGACUUCGCGAGAAGAAUGGGUACCUCACUUGGAUUUUAUGGACCAUGGUAGUCUCGUUGGAAAUUUUAAAGACCAGGAGUCUGUCAUGGCUGUAGUUGACCAACUGGCGCAGCUGGCUAUCGGCCACGCUAACGUGAUAGCUGACAAGAUGACGGACAAAGCACCUAUUGCUCACUUGAUUCAAUAUACUGAGUGGCUCAAGACUCAGGCGUCAUCUUUAGCCCCAGUGAGAAAGUCUAUUAAGGAGCUUGUCGAGGAACUGGAUGACACCUUUGCCAAACACGUCGCCACAGCUAUCGGUGCUGUGUCCGACAACAUUCAAGAGCUGCUGCAGGGUGACAAGACGGCGCUGGAUAUUCUCAACAGUGCAAACAGCAGUGUCGACAACUUUGUGGCCUUUUUCCGACAGCAGGUGGACGAGAGCAAAUAUUUGCAUCACCUCAGCCACACCAAACCCAACCUCCGUGUUCUCGAAAUUGGCGCAGGCAUUGGAGAUAAGACAAUUAAGAUAAUAAAGGACCUCUCCCGCCCCGACGGCACCCCUCUGUACUCACACUACGUCGCCACAGAGGUGUCUUCCGGGAUUGUCAACACGGCCAAAGAACGCUUUAAGGGGAACCGCAACUUUAAGUUCACAACGCUCGACAUUACACAGAAUCCGGCUGGCCAAGGAUUCGAGGAUGGUCCUUUUGAUCUCAUCAUCGCAGCAAACAUUGUCAAUAACACAGGUAGCCGUCCCCAGGACGCCUUUCGCAACUUACGUCAACUUCUCACCCCCCAUGGAAAGCUCAUCCUUGAGGAACCACGUACUGGGCUUACAUGGGCCAAAUUUGUCUUGGGCACAUUGCCUCGCUGGUGGUCCCACGCCACAGAAGAUCUCGACCGAGUACAUGAGCCUUUCCUUGGCCCGGAGAGAUGGCAAGAUGAGCUCGCAGCUGCUGGUUUCGCCAUCGCAAGUUAUAUACAGCCACAAUCAGAUGUAGAGCGCUGGACAACAAGCAGUGUCAUAGUGGCGACGCCUCGGCACCUUGAGGCGCCUUAUGAGAAGCGUAUCACUCUACUCACACUGGAAAGCAACGCAGAAGUAGAGACGAGCCCAGUUUUACGGGAGCUCGAGGAGCGAGGCUAUGGAGUAGACCGUUUCUCACUAGGCCAGACACCGCUCCCUGCGAACCAGGAUGUUCUGGCCAUACUGGAAGAGGAGCAACCGUUCUUUGAAACAUUUGACGCCAACAAGCUUUUGCAGCUAAAAACACUGCUUUCCGAGCUCGGGGGCGCCGGUGCCGGUAUUCUCUGGGUUACACGUCUCUCUACAGUUGGCGCCGUCGACCCGCGCUACGCUCAAGUUAUAGGACUGAUUCGCACGCUACGAUCGGAGCUGGCCCUGGACCUCGGCACCGUUCAGACACCUAAAAUUGCAGAUAUUGCAGAAGCCAGAGCCCUGAUCAAUGUCUUGGAGAAGUUCCUCGCCAGGAGAAACGAGGCUGGAGGUAGUGAUGGAGAUGAUGCUGCUGUGAUGGGCCCCGACUUGGAGUAUGCCAUACAGGACGGCCAGACCUUGGUUAACCGCAUCUUCCCCUUUUCUCUUGCAAAAGAGCUCGUCGUGAAACAGGAGGCAUCAGCUGAAGCGGUCGUUACACAAACUACUCCAGGCCGUCUAAACAGCAUUAAAUGGUCGACCCUGUCUCUGACAGCGCCUCGGGCAGACGAGAUUGAAGUGGAGGUGUAUGCCAGCGGUGUCAAUUUCCGAGAUGUACUGGUUGGUAUGCAAAUUAUUCCUGGUCGCCAUGAGCCUAAGUUCGGCUACGAGACGGCAGGCAUUGUGCGCCGUGUCGGGCCAGAUGCCACUAAAUUAGCUGUCGGCGACCGCGUUGUCGGCGUGGGUGAGCGGACAUUCACGUCAGUGAUUAAUAGUCGCGAGGUGUACUACGAGAAACUGCCCAGCCACAUCUCCUUUGUUGAGGCUGCUAGCAUUCCGACCAUCUUCCUCACUGUUGUGUACGGCCUACGCGAUUUGGGACGCCUCGAAAAGGGUCAAUCUGUCCUCAUUCACAGCGGUGCUGGCGGUGUCGGUUUGGCUGCCAUUCAAGUCGCCCAGAUGCUAGGCGCCGAGAUUUACACAACCGUUGGUAGCGAAAUCAAAGUGGACUAUUUAAUGAAGACAUUUGGGCUCGCCCGGAACCGCAUCUUCAACUCACGGAACGACUCUUUUGUGCAAGACCUCCUUCGUGAGACACAAGGUAAGGGUGUUGAUGUCGCCCUGAACUCACUCGCUGGCGAGCUUCUUCACGCCACUUGGAAAUGCGUUGCCAAAUGGGGUACUAUGGUGGAAAUUGGAAAGCGUGAUCUUGUUGGCAACGCGCAGCUCGACAUGGGGCCCUUCCUGGGCAGUCGCAACUACUGCUGCAUCGACAUUGAUCAGAUGCGUGCUGAACGCCCGGAAAUGAUCGGGUGUCUGCUACAGUCCGUUAUGGACUUCUUUGCCCGGGGCCUGCUGCAACCUGUUCGGAUAGACCGCAUCUUUGGCGCAGCACAAGUCUUAGAUGCCCUACGCUACAUGCAACAAGGUAAGCAUAUGGGCAAGAUUGUGCUGGAGAUUCGCCAGGAGACUUCCCAUAAGCUUCUAGUCGACAAAAUUGACAAUGCAAAGACAUCUAGAGUGGCACUGGAUGCACAAGCAUCAUACCUUCUGGUCGGUGGCCUCGGUGGUCUCGGUCGCUCGAUGUCUGUGUGGAUGGUUCAGCGAGGCGCUAGGCAUCUUACGUUCUUGUCCCGCAGUGCUGGUAGUGGGGAACACGACGCCGACUUUGUUCGUGAGAUAGAAAGCAUGGGAUGCACAGUCCAGCUCGUCAAGGGUGACGUUACUAAUGCUGAAGAUGUCACCCGGGCUGUCAACGGAGUGCUGGCCCCUCUCAAGGGUAUUGUGCAAAUGUCUAUGGUCCUGCGCGACCAGAUGUUUGACGGCAUGAACAUUCAAGACUGGAAUGCUGUAACCCAGCCCAAGGUCCAAGGUACUUGGAACCUGCACAACGCCACCCUGACCAGCAACAUCUACCUCGACUUCUUCCUCCUCUUCAGCUCCUUAUCUGGUAUCGUGGGUCAGGUUGGUCAGGCCAACUACGCCAGCGCAAACACCUUCCUCGACGCCUUUGUGCACUACCGCGCCGGCUUGAAUCUCCCCUGCACAGCCAUCGAUCUCGGUGCUAUGAAGGGUAUCGGCUAUCUGUCCAAUAGCAGCAGCGCGCAUCUCCUUAAAAAAAUGCAAGGCACAGGCUGGAGCGUGGUGCACGAGACCGAACUCCUCGCCGCUCUGGACCUGGCCAUGAUGUCUCAGGCUACGCGCGCCCAGCGAGGCAGCAAUGCUCCUGACGGCUUUCUUCUUGGUCUGGUACCGACUUCGCCCUUGAAUCGGUCAUCAAACGGCUCCCGGCUUAAUAGAGACGUCCGCAUGGCUGUGUUCCAUAAUCUCGGCAACUCUGGCACCGAUACCAAAGCUGGAUCUGCUCCUGAUGGCCUCCGCGCGUUCAUUUCAUCUGUUAAACAGGACCCAAGCGCUCUACAGUCACCUGAUGCCGUCACGACGCUUGCCGUAGAGAUUGCCAGAAAGCUUUUCAGCCUUCUCUUGAUAGAUGAUGUGGACGUGGAUAUCACCAAGAACACCGCGGAUAUGGGACUCGACUCGCUCGUCGCUGUCGAGCUGCGAGCUUGGUGGAAACUCAAUUUGGGCUUUGAUAUAUCGACGCUUGACAUGUUGAGCUUGGGAACUCCCACGGCUCUAGGAGAACGUGCUGUCGAAGGUCUCAUUAAAUUGUACGACUUAUAG